AUGAGUUUUAUACAGACUGUUCCUUCUCUGCUGAGGAGUGUCAGAGAGGAGCGUGGAGGCAUCCCGGCUCCAGAGCACGAUAAACCGCCCGGCCACCCAGACCAGCUCCAACACCCGACACACAGGCAGAUGAUGAUGAUGAUGCAGUCAGGCCUGGAUGACAUCACGAAGCAGAGGAUGCUGCAGGCUAAGGCUCUGUCUCUGGAGGCCAGGGGAAAGGGUCUGAACCUGGGGAAGAAGAUCAGCGUUCCCAAGGAUGUGAUGAUGGAGGAGCUCAACCUUCCGUCUAACCGAGGCUCUCGCAUGUUUCAGGAGAGACAGAGGCGGGUGGAGAGGUUCACGCUGGAGAACGCAGCCGAUGGCUCUUACAGCACCAACAAUGUCCAUUCAGAGGCCGCACCUCCCCUGCAGAUUGCCGCAGAGCCACAGGGAGGAAAAGAGAACCAGGCUUUCUCCGUCAGUGGUAAGCAUAGCCUGGUCAUGAACCUUCAGAAGACUGUAGCAAAGAAGGGCAGUCCUGACGUCCUUGCUCCAGGAUAUUCUGGCCCUCUGAAGAAAGUUCCUCACGAGAAGUUCAACGCAACAGUAAUCCCUAAAUCCUACUGCUCCCCGUGGACGGAAGCUUUGGGAGGCAGCGAAGAGCUCCUGAACACCCUCAAUACACAGCUGCCCCAGCUCCCACAAGGACUACAGCCUGCCAACUACAGGUGCUUCAACAGAUCUGCCAUGCCAUACGGGGGCGCUAUGGCCAGCAAGAGGGUGAUCCCAGUGAUUAGCUUUGAGGCAGUGGAGUCCCAGAAGCUGCCCGGCAUCGCUCAGGAGCGCAUGUGCCGGCGGCCCAACUUCAACAGAGCGCCCAGGGGAUGGGGAAUUGAUUACAGCCCUGAAUCUAACGAACUAUGAAAAAGGUCUGAUCAGCUAAAGACUGAAGCGCUGACCUACUCUGUGCUCCUCUCCUCCUACAGAGAUCAUCUGUGUUAAUCACUAAGGCAGUGCAGGGGAGAGAAAAAAGAAACACUACUGCAUGAAAUAUGAAGUGGUUUGCUGCUGCUGAGUGGUUUGAUCAGCAGCUCAGAAAGCUGGAAUCAGUUCACUACCACAGUAGAGUCCAGAGCAAUGCCUCCACAGGCAAGACAGUAACACCUGUCCUUCCUUUCUGUCACACAGACGAGUACCUGAUCCCCAAAAAUGUCUCAACACUUGACUGCCCCCUUUCCCCUCCUUCCAGCCUCCAUGUGAUACUCACAUCUUUAUCCCCUAAUACUGUUAUAACAGCUACAGCAGGAGGUACCUAUGCUCUUACACAACAGUUAAAAACAGCAGGAGUAUGAAUGAAUACGCACUCUGAGAUGAUUAAUGACAAAAUUGUGUCAUUUUAAUGACAAAGUGAAAACAACAUUCAAAGAAAGCCUAACAAUAAACUGAGUCGUUAUGCUGUGGAAUAUUGAGAUUGUGUCAAAUAAAAAAAGUCAAUAAACUGAAAAUGAACAGGUUUAAAAAUGCUCCUCAGAAUUUUACUCUACAUGAUACUUUGCACAA